AGCGUCCGGCUCACGCGCCGUACAGAAGCGUGUUCGGCGCUGGGCUCAUGCGCCGUACGGAAGUGUGCUCUGGCGCACCGGAAGCCCCCGGAAGAGAGCGAUGGCGGGUUUGACUGUGAGAGACCCUGCGGUGGACCGUUCGCUACGUUCGGUGUUCGUGGGGAACAUUCCUUAUGAGGCUACUGAAGAGCAAUUAAAGGACAUCUUUUCUGAGGUUGGACCUGUUGUUAGUUUCAGGUUGGUAUAUGAUAGGGAGACAGGAAAACCAAAGGGUUAUGGCUUCUGUGAAUACCAAGACCAGGAGACAGCACUUAGUGCCAUGCGAAACCUAAAUGGGCGUGAAUUCAGUGGGAGAGCACUUCGAGUGGACAAUGCUGCCAGCGAAAAGAACAAAGAGGAGCUGAAGAGUCUUGGCACUGGUGCCCCUGUCAUUGAGUCACCUUAUGGAGAGACCAUCAGUCCCGAGGAUGCCCCUGAAUCCAUUAGCAAAGCAGUUGCCAGUCUUCCACCAGAGCAGAUGUUUGAACUGAUGAAACAAAUGAAGCUCUGUGUCCAGAAUAGUCCCCAGGAAGCACGGAACAUGUUGCUUCAGAACCCUCAACUGGCUUAUGCUUUGCUACAAGCACAGGUAGUGAUGAGAAUUGUGGAUCCAGAAAUCGCCUUGAAAAUUCUGCAUCGCCAGACAAAUAUCCCAACACUGAUUGCAGGCAACCCUCAGACAGUCCACAGCACUGGACCUGGCUCAGGAUCCAAUGUGUCAAUGAACCAGCAGAAUCCUCAGGCCCCUCAGGCCCAGUCUUUGAGUGGAAUGCAUGUCAACGGAGCACCUCCUCUGAUGCAGGCUUCUCUGCAGGCUGGAGUUGCAGCACCAGGGCAGAUACCAGCCACUGUAACAGGACCUGGCCCUGGUUCCUUAGCUCCUGGAGGAGGAAUGCAGGCCCAGGUUGGAAUGCCAGGAAGUGGACCAGUAUCCAUGGAGCGGGGACAAGGAACCCUACAGCACUCGCCCGUGGGACCCGCCGGGCCUGCAUCAAUUGAGCGAGUUCAAGUGCCGAUGCAAGACCCCAGAGCAGCUAUGCAGCGUGGGCCCUUGCCUGCCAAUGUCCCAACUCCUCGAGGUCUGUUAGGAGAUGCUCCAAAUGACCCACGUGGAGGCACUUUACUUUCUGUAACUGGAGAGGUAGAGCCUAGAAGUUACCUGGGACCACCUCAUCAGGGUCCGCCCAUGCACCAUGUCCCUGGCCAUGACAGCCGUGGCCCACCCCCACAUGAGAUGAGGGGAGGGCCAUUAGCUGAGCCCAGACCUCUAAUGGCAGAGCCAAGAGGACCCAUGCUAGAUCAGAGGGGUCCACCCUUGGAUGGCAGAGGCGGAAGAGAUCCUCGAGGCAUAGAUGCACGAGGGAUGGAGGCACGAGCCAUGGAGGCAAGAGGAUUAGAUGCUAGAGGAUUGGAGGCCCGUGCGAUGGAGGCCCGUGCAAUGGAGGCCCGUGCAAUGGAGGCCCGUGCAAUGGAAGUCAGAGGGAUGGAGGCCAGAAGCAUGGAUACAAGGGGCCCUGUCCCAGGCCCAAGAGGCCCUAUGCCUAGUGGAAUCCAGGGUCCUAGUCCAAUUAACAUGGGUGCAGUUGGCCCCCAGGGAUCCAGACAGGUCCCAGUCAUGCAGGGAGCAGGCAUGCAAGGAGCGAGCAUUCAGGCUGGAGGCCAGCCUGGCGGCUUUAGUCCUGGCCAGAACCAAGUCACUCCACAGGACCACGAGAAGGCUGCUUUGAUCAUGCAGGUUCUUCAGCUAACUGCAGACCAGAUUGCCAUGCUGCCUCCUGAGCAGAGGCAGAGUAUCCUGAUCUUAAAGGAACAAAUACAGAAAUCUACUGGAGCGCCUUAAAAGGUUUCCAAAAAUACCUGGCAACAAAUCUGGAAAUGAAUUCCAUAGCUUUGUUGAAAUGUUGCAAAAAGAUGACUUCUACAUCCUAACCCUUGAAUGACUCAAAUUGGUGCCAGGUGGAGGACUCCCAUCACCUUCUCUCAGAACAAAAUCAGUCCAUUCUGUUGUCUUAGUUUGUAAAUUUUCUGUGACUUGAAAUAAACUUUGAACACAAUUUUAGUAUACUGCAAAUUGAUAUACACAACCUUUUUGCUUUUAAAAAGCCCAAGGGUGUGAAAACUUAGAUUGUUUUCUACCCUUACUGCAGUAUUGUACUUUGUGUUAUGUUGCCAUAGCUCUAUUUUUCCUUUUAAGUUAACCAUUUAUUCUUCUUGAUGAUAUUUGAAAAUUUCUCAGAAGCAGUGAUUUCUGAAACUUAGUUUUUGCUUAAUUUGCUUCCAACAAGAAUAAUAAGAUUUGCCCUUUGAGAACUUGCUAGAACUUCUGAGUCUACUGGGUGAAAAUAGCUUCUGCUUAGAGCUGUAAAAUGGUCAGAAGGCCAGCAAAGCAAAAAGUCUACCUAGCAGAGCAGUGUAUUUAGUUUAGAAAAAUCCAAAUAUCAAAAUGUAUUUUUUGAUCAGUACCAAGUCUAUUCACAUGCAUAGUUCAGAGUUAAGACAAAGAUGAUAUAUAUGAGCACUGGUUCGAGUGCAUCAACAGCACAAGGGACUGUUGACAUUUGCAUUUCUGUUCUAAAACUCUUUAGUCUGGGUAGUCGACCUUAAUAAAAGUUAAGAAAGCCACUAAUUUUUGACAUGUUCAAAGUGAAAUAAAAACUGAACAGAAGUCAAAAUUUCAUCCUACCUUCUAGAUAAUUGCUAACCUGUAACCCUACACAGUAACUAAAUUUAUUUGGGGAAUUAAAACAUAGAAACACUAAAACUUUUACAUUUUUCUCAUUUAUUUUACGAGGACCAAGUGUAAAAACAUAAGCAGUCAGAUUGCUCAUUAGGCCUGCCCAUGUCUGCUUCCUUUCAGAUGGGUGUGAACAUAAUUAGUGCCACUAGCUCUAACCUAUGGCUCUUCUGGCCUAGUAUUCUCUCUCUCUCUUAGUGGCAUUAAGGAGAAACAUGAUUUCUCUCCAUCAGGCCAACCUCAAGAGGUUAAGAGGUGCCUUAAUUAGUAAAGUUCCACUGGAACUACUCUUGAGCUUAUUUAUAUUCUCAGAGUCCUAGCCCCAGGUUAGGAUUAUGGUCAAGUGAAUUAAAAGCCUGCCAUAGGCUUAGAGAAUGUAAUAGCAUAUUGCUUACAUGUCAAGCAAAAGAAUGCAAAGAUAAUCAACUUUAUGAGACAUUAAAAUUGAGGGAUUUUCUACUCUGACACCUAAACAUUUACUACAACAGAAAUUUGCUGAAUAGGAUACUUGAUAAUACAACCUAGGAAAAAAAACUUGCUUAAAACAGCUGAGGAAUUUUCUGGGUAUCUGCUCAUCCCCCGUUCAGGCUUGAAUGUUGAUUACGUGUAGGAUUUAUUAUCGUUCUGUCCUACCUACUUCCAUGAACAUUCUAGGCCUUGAUAUGUUGAUUUUAGCGGUUGUCAUAUCUUGAAAGUAUCAGUAUAUUUAGCAUUAAAACCAAGAUUGAAGCCUUUCUCAUUAGGGACUCAUUAUUAUAAGUUUCAAGGAAUACUAAGAUUCCAAAACAAAUCAAACUCACCGAAGACCGAAUUAACAUUUGGUCAGCAGUUGUCUAAUAGGAACCAUGUCAUCAAGGUUCCAUUGUGCAUUUUCCUAAUGCCUUAUUAAAUUUAAUUUAGAUAGCUGAAAUCCAGGAAAUUAGCAACAGCAGGGGUAUCCCAAUCUAUUCCUACAGACAUAUCCAUUAGUAUUUUUUCAAAUGUCCAGUUAAUAAAUGAAACAUGAUUAGCUACCAUGAGUUCAUGACCUCCCUUUAUUUUGUUCAGACUAGUGAGUGAAAAAAUUAGUUAUACUAAUCCUUCAAGUCAUGUAGGUUUCUGGAUAAUUAGAAACAACCAUUUAUUCACUUUUGGUCACUUAAUGGUAGAGAAAUAGGUGCUAUAAUGUUAAUUCAGUAGAAAUAGUCUUGUAAAUCUGAUGAAUUGUCUUUGGGCACAAUGAAGUAUGGAUUUUUUUCCCUUUUCAGGGCCCUGGUUGCUUUCCUUCUGCUGAUUCACUGUGACUACUAACAUUGCAGAACUGGGUGGGUGGGAGAUAGAAAAAGCAUUUUGAUAGGAGAAAGAAAAGGCAUUUUGUGUAUGUCAUGAGGUGAAUGAUUCCCUAGUGAAUAGGUAUGUAGGAGCAAAAAAAAAAUUGUCAAAAUUUUAAAUUAUCUCUUUUAAAAUUAGACAUUAAUAAACCCCUGAAUACAAAUGACUAUAAAGAGCACUUGUUGACUAAAUAAUCAUCCUAAGAUUGAAUUCAAGUUUUUGUAAUUAUUUCCAAUAGAACGAUGCGAGCUAAUGGCAACAUAGCUGACUUUCAAUUAUAAGAUAAAUUCAUGUACAAUUAGCAUACUUGCAAGAUUUUCUUUCCCAAAUAGCCUAAAUAAAAUAACAAAAGAUUCAUUCAUUAAGCAAAGAAGAAAAUCCUUCAUUUUUGACAAAAAUAAAGCAUAAAUUGCUGUUCACACUGGAUCAAGACCAUGUUUAACAGAAUGUACAUAGUCAGUGUUAUAUAGGGAUUGGGUUCUUGGUAAUUUUAUGUUGUUGUUUUACUAUUUAUGCUUAUUAUUAUGUUUUGUCAUUAAUUCUUUAAUAAAUUUUUAUU